AUGUUCGCUGUUUGUUUUUGUGAGCUCCACUUUGCAAUUUAUAAAAUCGACUGCAUCAAUGAAAAGGACACAAACUACACUAAAAAUAUUUCCUGCUUCUUGAGAACAAUUUCUCGAGGUGUCAACGCGUUGACUUCACUAAGUGACUUGGUUGUUCCUUUAAACUUGAUAAAUGCAAACAUUGCUGUUCAUGAGAAAUCUUCUGCUAACACUUACGCAUCAACCAUCAUUAACAACACUUUUGAGGUAUGCACAAUGAUGAAAGGCAAAGGAGUUCCACUGUUCAAAUUUGCUUUGCCAUUAAUAUCGAAAUUUGCUCCUGGCUUUAUACAUCCAUGUCCAUAUGAAGGUCGGAAAGUUGGAGUUGAAAAUUUUCCCAUAGACGUUUCGUUACUUCCAUUGAUUCAAUUCAGUCAAAUUCCCAUCGGACAUUAUCGUGUGGAUGUAAAUUUCUAUGACAAAUAUUGGAAUACAAUUCAUUGGUUUAAAGUCUAUGCAGCCCUUCAACCUAAAAGAUUUACAAAGAAACAUUCUAACAACCCAAACAAAGUUCCAUCAGCAACAGAUGCACCAGAUGAUGAAUAA